AAGGGACAUGCUCUGGAUUUAGGAAACUAACUGCAGACUGGAGGAGGGAGCUGCACUUUAAACUCUGAGAAAUCUUCCUUGGACUUUUUUUUUGGGGUAUCUUUUCGACCUAUACCAAAAGUGUUGUGGGACCGAUGGACAAAUCAAUAUUGUGGGGGCGGUAUCUAUGACAAAAGUCUAUUUUUUCAGAUCAUGCCACGUUUGCCUGUGAUGGGCUGAGAAGAUCAUCCUCCCACUCCUGCGUAAACACACAACAGCUGUCAGUGCGCGCGGACCGAAAAGUUACCGAAGUUGUCUUUACUUCUUCUUUGCUGAAUUUCUUUAUUUGCAAAUCUUCUGGUUGCAUCGACUCCUUCUGCCCUCGGUGUGCUGUCCCCCGGCCCGCCCCAGCAUGCUGGACUGACGUCUGUGGAAUGGCAUCGGCUGUGUUUGAAGGCACGUCGCUGGUCAACAUGUUUGUCCGAGACUGUUGGGUCAACGGGAUCCGCCGACUGAUCAUCAGCCAGCGGGGAGAGGAAGAGGAGUUCUACGAGAUAAGGACAGAGUGGUCUGACAGGAACAUUUUAUACUUGCAUCGGAGUUAUUCCGAUCUGGGGCGGCUGUUUAAGAGACUGGUGGAGUCCUUUCCUGAGGACAGAAGAGACCUCUCCAAGUCUCCGCUCAUAGAAGGGCUGGUGAAAAUCAAAGAGGCCAUCGACAUCGAGGAGAAAUUGAAUGAAGUGGAAAGAUUACUGAAGAAUGCCAUCAACAUGCCAUGCAAGUAUGCCAGGUCAGAGGUGAUGUUGACAUUCUUUGAGCGAUCGCCGCUGGACCAGGUGCUGAGGAACGACAAAGUCCACCGAAUCCAACCAUGCUUUCAGAGUCCAAUCAAAAUAUCAGAAAUCAUGCGGUCCAAUGGAUUCUGUCUGGCCAAUACAGAAACCAUUGUGUUUGACCACAGUCUCCCCGAAGAAAAAGAAAGACCCUCAUCCACAGACUCAGUGGAACAUACAUAUGAGGAUGGAACAGAGUUUAUGCCGAUGGAAUCAGACUUGUGCGAUGAGGACACAGAAGCGUAUGUCACCAACCUUUCCUACUACCAUCUGGUUCCAUUUGAGACAGACAUCCUGGAAUGAACUACCUGUUGAUGGACAUCUGACCAUUGAAGAAUAUGUACUUUUAAAUGGAACCUGAGCUAUGCAACGCUGCACAUAGCUGCUCCAGGUAAAUGCUGCUUAUCCUUUCCAACUGUAGACUUUCUCAUAGCGGAUUUUUGAGUUGGCAGAAAAAAUAUUGGAAGAAACAGCACCACUAUGUCUUUGCCACUUUAAGCAACAUCACCAGUGUGCCUCAUUCAGAGCCGUAGUGAGUGUGUCAAGAAGCAACAUGACAGAAUUGACUUUAUACAGCUUCAGGUGUUGUAACACAACCUGUGGCAGCAACAAUGGAGGUCCUUUAGUCCCGAGGCAGAUGCAAACAGCUGGAGAGGUUUAAAAAUGUGCAGCUGGACCACUUCAAAAGGAUUCCCAAAAAUACAUCAUUGUAUGUGGUUUGGAAUGUGUGACUGAAACCUGAGCGGACAUCGCCACACAUAAACCAAAUUUAGACAAAUUUACAGUAAUGGAAAUUUCACUGUUACUUAGAAAAUGUAGCUGAAUCUACCAGCACUUUGAUUUCUAGCUUUGUGUAUGAUCUAUGUUUAUGCCACCAGCAUUUAGAGACUUUUUUUUGUUUGUUUGUUUGAAUACCAUUUUCAAAUUAAUGACAUGAUUUCUGUUCAGAUGCUGUUAUAUGCAGUUCUUUGGAGAGUGCUUCGAGGUUCAAGUAAUACUUGACUACAGUGAUACAAACAUUUGAAGUUUAACCACCAAUUCAGAUAAAAUAAUAUAAUUCAUAGGUUCACAUUUUGUCUACAGCCUUUCUGUUUUAGCAUUAAAAAAUGUGCUGGUAAUUUAAGGAAUAUAAAAGAAGUAUUAGUUGUCAUAUUUUGUUACAACUGCUGCCUUUUUGGAUUUCUAUGAGGAUUAUUUAUGAAGGUUUGUCUGAAUAAUAAGUUAGAUUUUUGUAUGUGUUUGUAAAGUGUCUUGUAACGUUGCUGAUUUUAUGCUAAUAAACAAAUCAUUUGAUUUAUCAGAGCGGUUGCCAUUAUUUGGACAACUGAAUCAUGUCACUGCUGGUGUUGCCAUGUGAUGAGUGAUGAAAUAGGGCAAAGAAAGCUUUGUUUCAUAGGUCAAUUGAGGUCAUAUGUGACCCGUUCUGUAAGAUGACGUGUGUGGGUUCAGUCAGAAAGCUGACUGCAGUUUUUCUGAAUGUGGGAGUCUACAGCUCAGUCUACAAUGGAGGAACAAGUGCUUUCUUUAUCUUAAGGACACAAACAACAACGCUGUACUAAGGCUUUGGAUGGAAAACGUUGUGUGAAAUGAUCAAAAAUCUUGUUUUUGUAUGUUUUAUGGGUUACUUUCAGUUCUUGUAACGACUAAUACAACUGUGGAGCAUUGUAUUUGUGUUUAAUGCAACUAAAAGUGUAUAUUUGUGUAGGGUUUGCUGUAAGGAAGUCAAUUUAUGUGAAUUGUUUUGACAGUUUUGUCAGUGCAGAAGUCAUUGUGGCUUAACAAUGUGGGCUAACAGCUUGGGUCCUCCCUCUUACCCCUCUAAAUACAAAAAGCAUUCGACCCUCACAAACUUGCCUCACAGGGCUUCAACAGGAUGGUCCUCCACAUGAGUCUGUUUAGUAACACAGUCAUGACCACCAUUCACCCCAUGAGAAAAGUACAGCUCUUUCUCACGGGGUGAAACAAUUUCAUGCUUCUUUUUGGUUCUCUCUUUUUGUUUCUCUCUUGUAGCUGUCUUCCCUUUUUUCCCAAGAGUGACAUUUUUAGUUGGUGGAUAUUCUUUAGAUUUAAAAUGUUUACGUGGAAAAGUUCCAGCAUACAUAAUGGUGUAGAUUAUACAAUAGAAAUAAACUGGAAUGUCUGAUAUGGUUGUUACCAAUUUUCUCUCUUUACAAGAACCGCAUUAUGUUUAUUAAAUGCUGUAUGAUUUCAUCUUAAAGAUAACAUAUUUAUCAAGACAUCUGUUAAACCCUUUGCAGUCUGGACUAAUGCUUUCUAAUUCUGCUGAAGUCUCUGUGAUGUUAUGACUAAUGGUACUCAGCUGAUUUAAGAAGCAUAUCAAUAUGGCCAUCAUGUCAACCAAAGGGGAACAGUGUAACAUAAAAUUACACAAGGAUGUUUAUUUAUUUAUUAAAAUCCAGUACUCUCUGUGAAGCUAACCAUUCUAUGCCUUGUCAUUUCUUUGUGAUGUGUGAUGUGAGAUAUUUUUGUGCGUAUAACAGUACAAUGAAGAUAUAAUUAGAACCUUUGGAAUAGGAAGAUCAUGUUGUAAAAUUGUUAAUAACUUUAAAGCAAUUCAUACAGUAUUAAAUAAAAAAACAUUAUUCUCAAAAUGUGUCAAAAUAUGUUUUCAAUAAAAUAAAAGUUGUGAUGUGAUAA